GUGCCCGCCGCCUUUCGCGAGCGGUGCUAUUUAAGGAGCUCGCCGUGAACGUGCCCAGCUAGUGAGAGAGAAACCGUCAUGGCUCUGCCCGAGAUGUGGCGUUCGUUGUCUAUCGUUCUGGUUGUGGUCGCGCAGCAGACUUGGGGUCGGUCUAAUUGGAUUGCCAUGACGCCGUCCCGUCUGUUGGACUCCGGUGCAGUGCAGGCCGGCGUGUUCACUGAUAACUUACCCACGUUCGUGGCGAGAGUCUGGCACGACAACAACAUCCUGCCCGGCAUUGCACGGCCCAACGUGGGUGCCUGGGCCUCGUGGCAAGAUUACGAAGUCAAGAAGGAAAAUUUUGAGGUCCUCAUUGCUGACGAAGUGACUUGGAUACCGGCAGCAAACGGCGUCAUUCCUCUUGGGGCUCAACCGACCGGCGUGUAUCUGAACGGGACCGACCUAUACACCUGCCGAGUUCUGGACGAAACUGCGUUCAUCCUAGAGUCCGGACUGAUUAUGAAAGGUCAAACGGUGUGCAGCAUACCAUGGCAAAACCGCACCGCCCUCUAUCCUGUGUAUGAAGUAAUGUUGUACAAAUAAAGAGUCCUCGGCUCUAAA